AUGACUGCCGUCAAAUCUAACGAUGAAGAUGAUCCGACAGAUCCUCACCCUCCCCAAACUCCUCAGCCUAGUUCUGAUGCUAGCAAAUCUACCCCCGAUAUCACUUCGGGAACAACAUCAACUCCUAAAGCAUCAUCACCUGUUAAAGAUGCCACAACUCCUAAGGCUAAAGCGGCCUCUGGCCGCCCGCGGUCUGCUACAACGAAACCGGCCCCUACGCUCCUCGGCGAUUUCCUGCUGGGUCGACCAUCUCCAGCUCGAGUCGCAGCAGAUCGACAAGCAGCAAAGGAAGCAGCACACGCGAGGCGGAAGAGCUUGGAGUUAGUAAAGCAAGAGAUGCGCCAAGCAGCUAUAAUGCGAAUCCAGGUUCCAGGAGGUGUGCAUGAACGCGUUAAGAAAUGGCAAAAAGCAAAUGCUGCAGCAAUGACCGAUGCCGACCCUUUAGCUGCUCCGACAGAACCAAGCGAGGUGAAUAUCCAAGUAGAUGAAGAAAGCGUAACUGAGGAAGACCGGGUGAGGAUCAAGUCAGGACAGAAGAAACCGACAACAAAAGUUAUCAUCAAUCAUAGAACAGAUGGCAAUGAACCCAGGAAAAGUAACAUAGAGGAAUUGAAGCUUUCAAAUGCGCCUAAAAAGCGAGUUGUUAGCGAUACCAAUUGGGUAAAGGAUAAACAAAAGGCAGCAUCAAGAAGCCAGUCACCAAAGGCAAAACCGAGCGAGACCACUGGGUCACCAAUACCGAAAGACUUCUUGAAACGCCCGGCCUCUAAUCCCUCUGUGUCUAAAAAGGUCAAGGAUUGGGCUAGUAAAGUUGAGAUUCCCGAUGAACCGCCUGUCAAACGCCACAAUGCACCAAGGUCGGUGAGAUCAACAGGCAGUGGGGAUGGAAUUCGAGUCAGACCUAUUCCAUACGAGAGCGAUAAUGUGAGCGGGAGAUCAGAGCCUACGCGUGUCACGGCCAAAACUAGUAGCUCGCGGAAUUCGAAAGAGCCAGAAGGAGAUGGUAUUCGUGUUAAACCCAUCCCAAGCGAAAAGGACACGACAAGUGGGAUAUCAGGAUCUUAUCUAUCAGGAUCUUAUUUAUCGGGAUCCUAUUUAUCGGGGUCUUAUCUCACGGGCUCUCAUCUCACGGCGGAAUCCUCCAAGUCUGGAAAGUCUAGCAAUUAUGAGGGCGAUGGUAUUCGCGUCCGGCCCAUCGCAAGUGAAAGUGACGCUACAAGCGGCUUAUCUAGUUCUAUUUCAGUAGAUACACCCACACCACGAAGGCCACAGGGACGAGAAAACCGUAACGCCCGGAGCAGGUCAACAAAGAAGCAAGCAUAUCAAGCUAUGCGCUCGAAAGCUAAUAUACGAUCCGCCCCCUCCGACUUACAAGGAUCAGAUGAUGCUACUACAGUUCGAGCUUCUUCGAGGCAUUCUUCAAAAGGACCAAGUACCCGUGGUGAGAGUUCUCAUAGGGACCCGUCACCAUCAGAACAUGAAGAAGUAGUGGAAAAGCCUGGGUCUGAGAAACGUCGAACGUCUCCACGCAGAAACUCGAAAAUGUCUGCCAGGAAACAACAGAAACAAGCCAAAACCCCUGCCAAGAAGGGCCAUGCAGACACGGAAACUAUAGCGACAGAAGAGGUAUCCGAUAGUGAGUCUUGGUCGAGCGACUCGGUAUCAGAAAUGCCAUUUAGUACGUUGGCACAAUCACUAGCAGAAAUUCCUGUUGGAUAUUCUGCAUUCAGCGAGCUUGACUUAGCUACAGGCUCAAGACGACGAAAUACAAGGCCAAAAACCAAGAGGCAAUCUAGUUUCAAGGGCGCUACUAACGUCCUGAAAAAGGCAUUGACCGAGGGCAAGAAGAUUCUCACGGAGAAGGUUGACCCUCCAAAACCUGUCAUCAACCGCCCUCCAAACAUUGAGACAUGGCUAAAGGAUACUGUUGACCCUUUCGUUGAUCCUUCCAUAUCUAAACCGGAGCAGAACAAGAAAGUAGACGAAGAUUUACAAGAUGAAAGCACGGCACGACAAUCUCCACCCUUAAAGCAUAAAUCUGUAGAGGUCAACAGCCCAUCCGACGUUAGCAUGAGUGAAGAAUCGACAGAGCCAAAGGACAUUGCAAAGCCAGACCACCAUGAGCCUAGCAGAAGCGAAACUACAACUCCAGUUUCAGCUGGACUGAAGAGAAGUAGAGCUACUAGGCUCUCUUCGACUCCUUCGAAAAGUAGUAUGAAGAAGGGUUUCAAGGAGAAGCUUAUGGACGCAUUUCGCGGUGAAUCUACAGGCCAUAGCCCUCCGCCUUUAGAAUAUCCAAGCUGCCCCGAAGUGGUGGACCUCGACAGAGAACGUGAAGAUGAACACCACGAAAGGCGGCGUCCUUCCGGUGCGAAAAGAAGUCCAUCCCCAGAUGAUUGUAGUUCAUCAGUGUCUUCUGAAGCAACCCACCCAGAGCCGCUGGCUUAUAACAAACGUAAGCCACCAACUAAUGGCUUCCAUGAGCUAUCGACGAUUAUAUCCGAGAUGGAAUCACAUUAUGGACUUCAAUCAGAUCUCUCGUCCGAAAUAUCGCAAAGCACAAUAACUGAGAAUCCUGGUUUGACAAGAAGUACGGCAGUGUCCCGUAGGAGAAGCCAUAGGUCUGGCCUUAAGAGGCGACUUACAAAACACUCAGAUUUAGUGUCGGCCUUAUCUCUACCAGACGACAAUUCGGUACCCAACAGAAGGAUCAGCCGUCGCUCUGCACGCAGCAUAAGAAGACCGUCUAGUCACCUUGGCGACGCUACUUUGGACGAACUUCUGCUUGAAUUUGAAGACGAUGAGGACCUUUACCAGCGGGAGUUAAAAACUCUUGUAGACGGAGUACUUCCGGUCCUUCUAACUCAAUUUGUAAAUAAUACGAGCAGUGCACGCAAAGAUUUAUUUGGAUCCCCACCUACUAAAUACAAGGAGGAUACAUUAGACAAGGCUGUCAUUAAUAUGGGUGUCGCCCUUGACAACCUCAGAAAUUUGCACUGCCAGUGCCCCCCACUUUCUGACACUUACAGGCUUCCGCAGUGGCUUGAGGCAGUUCAUCCUAUUUAUAACAAUUACCUUGACGUAUGGCGCCUUGGUUUCCAAGGCAUCAUCGUCAACUUGGCGCCUCGGUCGCCUGAUGAUGCCGACUCUCUUAUAAAUGCAAUGCCUCGAAACGAGCAAGGAGAUGUUCUCAAUGAGGAUGGGGACCGCAUAGAUGUAGCCCAUCUGCUAAAACGCCCUCUAGUUCGCGUCAAAUGGAUUACUAAAUUCAUCAAGGGCUAUCGCGCAAUUACUGGUACAAGAGAAUUCGAACCCCUCGUUUCCAAGUGGGAAGCGCUACAGGAGAAGGCGAGGCGACGGCAUAAAGAAGAAAACGCAAGAGUUAUCGAUGAUGAUGCCAGAAACAGCGACACAUCCCGAACCCGAGAUCUUAAAACACUAGAAGCUCUUGAUAAUGUCAAAAUCGAUCGCUUUCGUCAGGUCUUCGCCAAAGAUACCUUCACCUUGGACUUGCGACAUUCGAAUGGACAACGACUCGGGUGCCAAGUCGAGCUCAUAAUUCGAGACAACCAGACAUUCAAGUCAGAUCCGGGUGACCUCCUAAUCAGAGAGACUGGCAGUGCAGGGCGUUCGUGGCUUCUAUUUGCCCCCAUUGUCGGUGGUCGUUUUUCUGCUCGAAGGGGAGAUGAUAGGUGCGAAUUAAUUGUUAUGAUCAGGGGUUACAGGGAAGAAUGGUUUGAACUGCUAUCGUUAACAGCAGACAGCCAAGAACAAGUUCUGGAAUGGUUGGAGAUGCUAGGAUCUACCCCCAUCCCCCCUCCAAUUGAAGGACCAAUGCCUUCAACAGCACAAUCACUAGCUCCAUCGCCAAGAUUGGCGGCUGGCGAGACUCCUAUGGGCGAGAGGAGGUUUCGUCAGACUUCUAGAAUCUCUUCGGCGUCAACUGGAUCUAAGAAUCAUCCCGAAAGUGAACCAACAAACCCCGAACGUACUCGCAAGGAAACUGGUAGCCCCCAUAAUACACCGACUUCUCCUAGAACCGAAGGUUCGACUUCUUCUCCCGAGGGAACUCCAACCCAGGAUUCGUUUUCAAGGUCUAAGCAUGCGAACGAAGACUAUUCAAGCUCAUCACCAAACAACAAUACCUAUCGUGAAGAUGGUGCGCCUCCUCCCCCAGUCCAUCGGACUUUCAGCUCCAAAAAGGCACCAGUACUUUCACCUCCGGCUGAACAAGCCGCAUCACGUCUCAAGCGUCGCACUUCUUCACCUCUCAAGCAUGAAUACCACCCAUCAGAUAUAUCCUCCGAAGGCUCCACAUCGCCAAUGUCUACAUCAGAAGAUGGUACCAUCUCCGAGGAGUCUUCCGAUGAUGAGCUUGAGGCGGUUGAUAUGCCGGAUACCACGCCCGCUAUUAGCAUCAGGAAAAAUAACAACAACCCCACGGAUUCGAUAGGCUCGGAAAGCACUGUCACCCUUUCCUCUCCUAUCUCACUCUCACAGACCGGAUUGCCCAAAUCAGAAAGCAAGCAACCGGAAUACGUCAUCAAGUCCAUCGCUUCUAUUUCUUAUUGGGAUAAUAAGCAUGGACGCUGGCAAGAUCUUUGGCCUGAUCUCUGCUCUAUUGUCACGACUCCAGGCCUUAUUGAGGCGUACCCGUAUCAAAGAGCACACCAAUCUUCCAAUAGCCCGACGCAAGAGCGACCCCUGAUUGCUCUAGACCUUACGCCUCUGGUUAUGCUACGAAACAGCACAGUUGUCGAUUUGGAAAUACGAUCUCCCGUUCUCAGCUAUUCCAGGCUCUAUGCUAAGGUGCUCAAAAUCGAUACAUCAUUCUUCCGCUUCCGAGUUCAGACCACUACAGAGUGCGAGUCCCUCUACAUGGCAGUUCACCGAGCUCGCAUGGAUAACGCGAAAUACAAGGCGCUCGAGGAGGAAACACGCGUUAGGGCCUUCGGCCAAUAUCAAAACCCAGAGGUAGAGACGGACGGAAAUAGUCAGCGCCGUAGCUGGUUUGGGCGAAAGAAUAGUUAUCGCGCGUCGACCCGAGCUCCUUCGCAGUCUGCGGGUAGCAUAUCUCAGUCUUCAGGCGUCUCUGCCACUUCAUUCUUAAGAAAGCUGAUGGGCGGUGGCAAUCAGUCAUUCAAUAUCGCAAUGUCCUCCGUCGACAGGCCACACCGCUUUAGCGGUGGAGACGCAUCAUUAUAUACCUCAUCAUCAUCGGGCACACCACCCCGCUCCCCCUCUAUCAGCAUCGCGAAUAGUGGCAAUACUAAGGUGGAUCUCACCACAAAUAACCUCAAGAUUCGCCUUCAUCUAUUAGUAUCGGCCAGCAAGUGGGAAGAUCACGGCAACUGUCUCCUUGAAGUAACAAGACCUGACCGAGGCACUAGGCAGAACUUGAGGAAAUAUCAAGGAAUGGAGAAGCGAAUCGUAGUCACGACAAUCCCUAAGAAGGAUGCGGAUAAGCCGGUGGUAGUUCUAGAUGUCAUACUUGGCAGCCAGUGCUUUAGCCAGCUGGGUAGCAGAGGCGUCCUCAUCAAUGUCUGGGAGGAAGUAAAGGACGAGAGUGGACAGGCAGGAGUUGUGCCUCAAGGGGGUAACAGCGGAGGAAAUGUACGGAAGUGGUGUUUCCAGUGUUCGUCGGUUUCACAAGCAAGGUGGAUUUUCGGACUUGUUACGCAAGAAGUGGUAAUUGGUUGA